GUCAUGGUGGCUAGCAUGAGACAUCUCACAUCACGUGCGUCAUCUUCAUACUUCUUGUACGAAGUAAUUUCUGCAGCACGGGCGUUCGCUUCAGGAGCUUUGGGAGGCUCAGAG